AUGGACCAGUCGAGAUUGCGUUCGUUUAUUGGACUCGAGCAACUCGAGAGUCGACUCUUGGACUCUGGAAUUGAAAUAUGGCAGUCGUCGAAAAAGCCAGACAGCGGCGGGAAUGGAACCUGGCAUCUGCUUUCCAACAUCUUACCAAGGGGCCUCAUUCAAGAUUCCACGUCAAAGCGUCAGAAAACGUCGGGGGAGCAAGCAACAACUAACAGUUCGCCCGUUUUAUCGAAAGCUGCCAUAGAAGAGAAACGACUCCAGGCAAAGAUUAAACUCCUCUCCCGUACUUUACCUGCACUCUCACCCAAUAUUGGAGUGUCCUGGUUUAGUGCGCUUGAACAGGAAUUUUCGAAGGAGUACUUUGAGAAGCUCAGCAAAUUCCUUGCCGAAGAAAGGAAGAAGUACACAGUGUACCCUGAUGCUGAAAAUGUGUACACCUGGACACGUUGCUGUGACAUAAAUCAGGUCAAGGUAGUCAUCCUUGGACAAGAUCCAUACCACAAUCCUGAUCAGGCUCAUGGUCUGGCAUUCAGUGUGCCUAAAGGUGUCGCAGUUCCAAUGAGCUUGGUGAACAUCUACAAGGAACUGUCGAGUGAUAUCCCAGACUUUCAAAAGCCAUCCCACGGUGCCUUGUUUGGAUGGGCAGAACAAGGUGUCCUCCUCCUCAAUGCCGGAUUAACAGUGCGAAAAAACGCCGCAAACUCUCACAAGGAUAGGGGAUGGGAGACGUUCACGGAUGCAGUCAUCAAGUGCAUCGAUCAGCGAUGCUCUGGUGUCGUCUUCCUCUUGUGGGGAGCCUAUGCACAGAAAAAGGGAGCAAUCAUUGACAAGAAAAAACACAAGACACUCCGAUGUGCCCACCCCUCACCGCUUUCUGCAUCACGGGGCUUCUUUGGUUGUGGCCAUUUUUCAAAGACAAACGAGUACCUGAAGAGCAUGGGAAAGAAGCCUAUCGACUGGAGCUACCUGCCAUGAUUUCAUCUCUGCAUCCCAUAUCAGCUCAUCAAAGUGUGCCCUCAGCUGUGAUACCAGAGAGGACCCGUUUUUACGAGACGUCCAGUUGGCAUACUCGUUUUAUAAAUGCCUUAGUAAGGCCUCUUGUUGCGCACAAAUGUUUUUUUUUUAAUCCAUCAAGUCACUGUAUACUUUACUGCAUGGUGUAACCAGUUUAUUUGGAGAGAAAACAAUAAAACGUUUGUGGAACAA